UACGCGCCCUCUUGAUCUUCUACGCCCUCGCCAGCGGUCACGUCGUCGCAGGCGGGCCUGCCCGCGGCGGAGAAGACGCCCAAGGUUGACACCGCGCUGGUCUCCAAGAAGGGCCCUGCCCACCUCUCGCGUCCCGGGGCCAGGAACGUCGGCGCGAACCGAUUGCUCAUCAACGUCGGCUACAACAUGUUACCCUGCUAUGCCCCAUGGCCCAAGAUCACUCAAGCAGAUGUCAGGAAAUAUAUGACUGUGUUUAUUAAGGUAGACAGAGAUGGAGAUGGGAAGAUUACUGGUGAAGAGGCAAGGAAUUUGUUUUUAAGUUGGUGGUUGCCAAGAGAGAUCAUAAGGAAGGUGUGGGAUUUAUCCGACCAGGAUAAGGAUGGGAUGCUGUCCUUCAAGGAAUUUUGUUUUGCUGUGUACUUAAUGGAGAGGUUCCGAGAGCAGCGACCACUUCCUGAUGUAUUACCAGAUGGUAUUUGGGCGGAGGGAAUUUCGCUACCCUCUACUGGCCAGUUUGCAGAAAACCCUAGUGGCCUGGCUCCCCAUCCAAGUGCUGGGGUUACAAGUAGAGCAAUGCAAGGACCACAUCCUGGAAUGCCUCCUUCAUCUGUGAAGCGACAACAUCGAAGGCCUCUUCAUUUUGAUGAUGAUACUACGCAAACUGAACCACAAAAACCUAAGGUCCCAGCAUUGGAGAAACAUUUGGUUGGCCAGCAUAGCAAAGAGGAAGGAAAUGCACUUGAAGCGAAGUUCAAGGAAGCUUCAGAUGCCGAUAAAAAGGUUCAAGAGUUGGAAAAGGAAAUACUGGAUUCCUGGGAUAAGACUGAUUACCAUCGCACCAAGAUGCAGGAGCUUAUUCUCUACAAGAGUAGGUGUGAUAACAGGUUUAAUGAAGUCUCAGAAAGUAUGUCUGCUGAUAAGCGUGAGGUUUCUAUUAACAGAGAAUCAAAAUCAAGGCCUGUAGACAUGCAAGAGUUUCAGUCCAUUACCAACAAUCAUUGCUGCACCAGCCAGCCUGUUAGAGAGGUGUCAAUAUCGUCAUCACCAUCCUCUAGCAGGAUGAUUGGGAUCUCAAAAAUUCAGGUUAUUGUAUAUAUUGGCAACUUUAGCCCAUUCCCGAUGCAAUUUGAAGACAAUUCUACAAUUGAGCACAUUGUGUGUGCAGCUUUUCAAAAAAAAAUAUCAGCAAAUUUGAUGCAAUUAUCCGAGUGAAUAGCCGCAAUGCUUAUCUUCAGGAUACAUUGUCUUAUUUGAACAUUAAUAACGACAAAGAGUGUAGUCUCUAUAUCGGUCCUCGGCUACGGGGAGGUCAGCCUCCUUCAAGCUCUAAAUGCCCUGUCCCUCCAAGUACUGAGUUAUUCAUCAAAUAUUUAUCAAGGCUUGGGGAUGAACUAUUCGACGUGGUACUUUUUCCAUCAGAUCCAGCCAUAGACUUUGUUGGUAUGGUUCCGUAUUUUGUUUCUCUGGGAUUACAAGGUAUUGAGAUAGCUCAAAUGCUUUUUGAGCUUCUUGAAAGUUACCAUGAGAGACAGAAGUGCGUUUCACAUUUCAUCUUGGCAAACCUUGAGUAUGAUAGUACCUCCAAAAAAUUACUGUUUAGAGGCAGUGUACGAAUAGUGGAUUUUGAUCACAAUAACUACUGCGAGAAUAUGUCUGAUGCUGGCACGGUUUUAUCUGAAAUAUUCCGGUUCGAUGAGUUGAAGCUCCUGGCCGGUUAUUCUGGAAUACGGAUACCACCUGGGACUGCUAACAAUAAUGGCAAGAUCCCCAAGCUUGUACAGCUGUUGAUUCAUGACCUGCAAACUGGAAUAAGAGUAUUCCCUGGUGCUGGCAUGAGCAAGCGUGCAAGGGCUUAUUUCCGCUGCCAUGUCGGUGCGAUGACCUCGGCUGCACGCCUAGCCUUUUGGUUAACAUCGGAGUUACACUUUGAAUAUAUGGGCGGUGAGCAAUUUCUGGACACUUUUAUCGGUGAACUCCAUGUACCUGAUUGGUCAACAUGUGCAAUCCGUUCACCUGCAAUGAUGACAGUAUAUCUUUGGCGGAAUUACAACACCUCCUCCUUGGGAUGCCAAUUGUCCUGUUCGCGUAAUUUUUUAAGUCAUGCUCGAGAAAAUUUAGGUGCCCUGCUUUCAGAAAAACAGGCUGAGGCGUACCUGAACAUUGUGUUUGAGUGGCUGUUGUACUAUCUGCUGUUGAAGUCUUCGUUUCCAGGAGCGGUGAUCAAUUGGAACAAACGUUCUCUACCCCCGGCACUGCCGCCGCCGCCGCCACCUUAUCCUGUGCCUGCUGGCCCAGCUCCAAGGCAACUCAAGUUCUCCAACAACUUUACGUUUGACCAAUUGAUUGAUACCAGUGGAUACUUGAGUGACUGUUAGGAUUGAUCCUCAGAAAAUCUUAUUGGCGUAGCUGUUACAGCUUGUUGUGUUCUUCUACCCAAGUGGAUUGGAUUCAAACUUGUCCAGACUUUGUUACACUUGUCCACCUUGUUGUCUAUCAUCUUGUAUCAUGUAAACGGCCAAAUGUUGCAGUCCUAAACAAACUUUGUAAUAUAAACUUGAAUAACCGGAGUCUUAUCUUGUGCGUGCAACAGUGUAUACAGUUGUGGUAAGUCUGAUGAUCUCUAGGAGUAACUGAUUCUGGUAAUUAAUUGAGCUAUUACUUGAAUAA